AUGGAGCACAUGAGCAGCGGCGGCAGCUACCCGGUGCAGGUCAAGAACACGUUCAUAGAGCUCCUGGAGGAGGGCGAGGAGGAGGACCCCAUGUCGCUCUCCCUGUGGCCGCGGAGCAAGACUGUGCCCACUGGCACGGUCGCCUGCGACCACCGUCGUGGGCUCAGCGACGCCAGCACCAUCGCGAGCAGCGACGAGGACGGCCGCGCCCCGACCGCAGACGAUCCGGCGUGCGGCGGCUCGGAGGUGCGCCGCGACUGCUUCGGCAGCGGCGGCGGCCACUCGGUGCAGGUCAAGAACACGUUCAUAGAGCUUGAGGACGUUGGCGAGGAGGAGGAUCCCAUCUCGCUCUCCCUGUGGCCGCGGAGCAAGACCGUGCCGCACGGCGAGCUCAGCCGCGACCUCCUCGGCACCAGCGAGGAGGGUGCCGACGCGAGCAGCGACGGCGAGGGCGGUGCCGCCCCGACGGGGUACGAGGCGGCGGGAGAGCGACUGCGGUGUGGCAGCUCGGAGGGGCUUCUCGAGCGUUUCAACGGCGUCGGCAGCGUCUCGGUGCAGGUCAAGAACACCUUCAUUGAGUUGGAGGAGGAUGACGAGGAGGAGGAUCCUAUGUCGCUUGUCUCGCGAAGCAAGACGGCGCCGAGUGGCGCGCUCGGUUGCGACUCCCUCCUGAACCGCGACGGCGCAGGCUCCGACAUGAGCAGCGACGAGGACGGCGGCGGCCCGACCUUUGGCGAGUCGGUGGGAGGGCGAGUGCAUUGCGGCAGUUCGGGUGAGCUCGUCAGCCGUUUCAACAGCGUCGGCAGUGUCUCAGUGCAGGUCAAGAACACCUUCAUAGAGUUGGAGGAGGAUGGCGAGGAAGAAGAUCCCAUGUCGCUUGUCCCGCGGAGCAAGACGGUGCCGAAUGGCGCGCUCAGCUGCGGCAUCCUCCCGAGCCGCGACGGCGCGGGCUCCGAGUCAUGCGGUGAGGACGGCGGCGUCCAGGGCGUAGACGAGCCGGCGGCAGGCUUGGCAGCGCAGCAAGCGACGCUCUUCUGCAGCACGCCGACGCCUCGCUGGGAGGCAGCCUUGCCGACGCUUUGGCCGGCGGCGGCGGUGCACUCGGGCGCAGGGCUGGCGUUUGGGCACGCGCCAGACACGGCGGAGGGUCCCAGGCGGCAGGAGCGUGAGGAGGGCCCCGCCAGUGCCGCCCGCAGCGCGGAAGCUGUCACUCGGAGCGAGGGUGGCGGCCCCAAAGACCCGAAGACGACGGGCGGGAGUCGGAGCCUGCAGCAGCAGACCCUGCAGUCCAGUGAGGUCGACGGCUUCUCGCGCGCGCAGUGGACCGUGGACGGGCGGAAACUGAGAGGCUCCGACAAGCGGCUGGUGUCGCCCUCCUUCGACCUGGACCUCGGGCUCGGCGCAGGCCCCGUGGCGUUCGUCCUCGUGCUCUACCCCAAGAGCGCGACCUUCAAGGGCAGCUCGUCCUUCAAGGAGGCCGGAGGCCUCGGCCACGUGCAGCUGAAGUGCGUCUCCGAGCUGGACGGCGACGCUGCAGCUGUGAAAGUCCGCCUCUCGGUCGGGCGGGGGCGAGCGCGGCAGCUCCGCGGCCCGUUCGUGCACAGCUUCGCGGCGAGCCCGCUGCUCGCGCUGCCGAAGGCUCAGGCGGAGUGGGACUUCGGUGCAGCUGUUGAGGGGCAGCCCGCGUCCCUCUUCGUGAGCGUGGACGUCGCUCUGGCUUGA